AUCAAGCGAUUUCAGUUCAACGUAAAAGAGCCAAAUAUCACUCGAUCUUAAAAAAUUCUCCACUCCUCCGCGAUGCACCCGAUCCCUAUCUCUCCGAUCACCCUUGCCGGAGUACUCCUCCUAUUCUCAUCAUUCCUCUUUCCCGGCGAUCUCAUGGCCUCUAGAGAUUUCGAAUACCUCAACGACUGCCCUAACAGUAGUUCGACCUUGAACAUCAACUGGGUCGAGUACCGAGUCCUCAAAGUCAACUCAUCAGAGAAGACUCUUACGUUGGUUCGAUCAGACCUCUGGAACCAAACCUGCCCUAGCGAGUUCCUCAGCACCACGUUCAAAACCGACUUGUUCUCCGACACCGGCAACGUCGAACUGACACUGAUCUAUGAGUGUAAUAAUGCCGGCGGAACUCAGUUUAAUAUGACGCCAAAGAAUAAUCGGUUCGUGUGCGAGAAUCGUGCAUCUUCGUUCUCUUACUUCUUGGUCGGACCAGAUCCGUAUGAUCCGUUCCGGGGCGACGUACACAAGUGCGGUAAGAGGGUUAGGGUUCCGAUUAUGGCAUCAAUGGCGCGUGAACUGUCGGAUAAUGGAUCUUUGCUUGCGGAAGCUUUGAAGAUGGGGUUCAACGUCAGUUAUAGGACAAUGGAUGAUCCGUGUUCUAUAUGGCUUGAUUCUCAGGCGUGUGAGUAUUAUUAUUACUCUAACAGCUACCGUUGCAUGGUGCGAGGGUCAUCAUUAAUAUACAUAUUUAAAGCUUUCGCGAUUAUGUCCAUAUUCAUAAUACCCGCCAUACUCUCCUUGGCAAUGCUAUGUUACUACAAGAGAGGUAAAGUGGAACACUUCAAUGUAGAGGCAUUCAUAAGGAAUCAUGGAUCAAUUGCCCCAAAACGAUACAGUUAUGCCACUAUAAAGAAGAUGACAAACUCAUUUACACAAGAAAUAGGUAAAGGAGGUUUUGGAGCUGUCUUUAAAGGAACAUUACCUGAUGGUCAUCUUGUGGCGGUAAAAUUGCUAAAUGAAUCAAAGAGUAAUGGAGAAGAUUUUCUCAAUGAAGUUGCUAGUAUCGGUAGAACUUCUCAUGUAAAUAUAGUAACUCUUCUUGGAUUUUGCUACGAAAAAAAGAAAAGAGCUCUCGUUUAUGAAUAUAUGCCAAAUGGGUCGUUGGACAACUUUAUCUUCACCAAGAAAGCUUCAAAUGAAGAAAAUCGUCUACAAAGGAAGACAUUGUACGAAAUCGCCAUAGGCAUUGCGAAAGGAUUGGAAUACUUGCAUUGUGGUUGCAACACACGGAUUUUGCAUUUUGAUAUAAAACCUCAAAACAUUCUUUUAGAUGAAGACUUUUGCCCUAAAAUUGCUGAUUUUGGACUUGCCAAACUUUUGAUAAAGAAGCAUGAGAGUAUUGUCUCCAUGGCUGGAGCUAGAGGUACUAUGGGGUACAUUGCACCUGAGGUAUUCAGUCGAGGCUACGGUGGAGUAUCUCACAAGUCUGAUGUUUAUAGUUUUGGAAUGUUGGUUCUCGAAAUGGUUGGAGGUAGAAACAAUUUUGAUUAUGCAGCUUCUCAUACUAGUGAAAUAUAUUAUCCGAAUCGAAUGUAUAAGGAUUUGGAAAUAGAAAGUGAUCAUGAAGCAAGUAUUCUGAUAAACAUGACCGAGUCAGAAAAAGAAAUUUCAAAAAAGAUGAUAUCAAUAAGUUUUUGGUGCAUUCAAACAAACCCAGCAGAUCGACCAUCAAUGAGUAAGGUAGUAGAAAUGUUGGAAGGAAACUUUCAGUCCAUAGAGAUUCCUCCAAAACCAUACUUGUUUUCUCCUACAAGGUCUCCAUAACAAUCAAUGUAAUAGCUUGUACAUGAUAUAUUUCCAACUUUUUAUCAACAAUCUUUUUAUCUUUCUUUUUUU